ACAUACCUGUUGCGUAACGCAGCUGAUUGGAGUAGAAGGCAACAGAGGAACACGCAGCAGUAACAUAAUUAUCAAUUAUUUUCCUUGUGUUUCCUAUUCCUGUUGCAAAUACCCUUUCCGUUGAUCAUUCGUAAACAUGUCUUUCCUGCGCAAAUCUGUUAAACUGUUAAAUGCCGCCAGCGCGGCAAGACAAAAUGUCAAAAUGCUGUGUGCAGGAAGCGCACAAUGCAAUUACAGUUCCAGUGGACAGGCAGCGGAGAUUUCUCCAUUUCCCGGCGCUCGCGAUGCCCCCUUCAUAAACAAUUUGAAGCUGAUGAUGCCCGAGGACUAUGCCCCAAUACCGAUUUAUCGGGUAUUGGAUCGUGAUGGUUAUCUGCUCAGUGAGCAGGAGGAUCCACAGCUCAGCCAGGAGGUGGUCGAGAAAAUGUUCCGCGACAUGGUGCAGCUCGCUACAAUGGACAAGAUUCUGUACGAGUCGCAGCGGCAGGGACGAAUCUCCUUCUACAUGACCAACUCGGGCGAGGAGGCGUCACACAUUGGCAGCGCAGCUGCCCUGGAAAUGCGCGACCUCAUCUAUGGCCAAUAUCGAGAGGCGGGUGUGCUGGUCUGGCGCGGCUUUCGUAUCGAUCAGUUUGUCGAUCAGUGCUAUGGCAACGAUGACGAUAUGGGACGCGGCAAACAAAUGCCUGUGCAUUACGGCUCCAAGGAGCUGAACUUUGUAACCAUCUCCAGUCCGCUGUCAACCCAAAUACCUCAGGCUGUGGGCGCUGCCUACGCCUUGAAAAUGAAGCCCAACAACGAUGCCUGCGUCGUUUGCUAUUUUGGAGAGGGCGCCGCUUCCGAGGGAGAUGCACAUGCUGCCUUUAAUUUUGCAGCCACACUUGAAUGUCCCGUCAUUCUCUUCUGCCGCAACAAUGGCUUUGCCAUAUCGACGCCGUCGAAUGAGCAAUACAGAGGCGAUGGCAUCGCUGGUCGUGGUCCGAUGGGUUAUGGCAUUGCCACGAUACGCGUUGAUGGCACCGACGUAUUUGCCGUGUACAAUGCAAUAAAGAAAGCACGGGAAUAUGUGCUGCGCGAGAAUAAACCGAUUGUGUUCGAGACGAUGGCCUAUCGUGUGGGCCAUCAUUCCACGUCGGAUGACAGCACCGCUUAUCGUUCAGCGGAGGAGAUCGAGGUGUGGAACACAGUGGAGCAUCCCAUCUCGAAGCUGAAGAGCUAUAUGGUGCACAAGGGCUGGUUCAAUGAGCAGCAGGAAAAGGAGUUCGUGAGCGGAGUGCGCAAGCAGGUCCUCAAGCAAAUCUCCAUCUCGGAGAAGAAACUUAAGCCCAAUUGGCGUGAGAUGUUCGAGGGUGUCUACGAUCAAAUGCCCGAGCAUCUGCAGCAGCAGCAGCGCGAGCUGGAGCAGCACAUCGAAUCGCACAAGCAAUUCUAUCCGCUGAAGAGCUUUAAGCAGUAGCCAGCAACGGCAACCACCAAAUAUCAAAAAAAAUAUCCUACAAAAACUUAACCGGGGUGUCAAUCGAAAUGUGCAUUUAUUAAGUUUAAGCAAAUAUGUUAUUCUGUUUUCCUUUAUAAUAAAAGAAUUGUAUAAGGUUUCAAACCAAA